AUGUUCGAUGAAGAAAAUUCCCAGCUGUUAAAUUCUGUAGGCCCGGAGAGUAACGAAAGGAAAGGCCUGAGUGAAGAGUUACAAAAUGAAACGCACAGGAGGCUAGUGAACUUCCCCACGUCGUUGAAUGCAAACUUCGCUUGCUCUGUGUUGGACUUCCAGAAGAUAGAGCCCUCGUACUUUUUAACCAAUGACUUGAGCAGGAGGCCUGCGGGGGACGGAGGGGAGGAAGGCACGCGCGAAGAAAUCACCUUCGAGAAGGAAGUAGACGAGGAAAGAGAACACAAAAAAAAAAUCACCCUCUUCGAUUUGUCGAAAGAACAGAAAGAAAAAGUCAACCAGUUUAAAAUAAAAAAAGUUUUACAAAAUGAAGCUUAUUUGAAGAAAAAAAAAAUUUUAAAAUAUCUUAUUCACAUUUUUGUGUGUGACCUGCUCAGGGAGAAACCGGAUGACAUCUAUGAGUUCGCCGCUUGCUACUUCACGCACCCGCAGUUGCGGCAGAGCGUCGCGCACCGUCUGCGUGGCAUGCUUGGCGGGGCGUGA